AACCACAGAGUACACUCAGGAGUUCUGGACACUAGUGUUCUUUAGUAGCUGGAGAAGCUUGAUGUCAAGAGUAUGGGGCAUCAGGUGAUUAUAUUUGACUUUUCUCUCAUAAGAGGACUCUGGGAGGCUCGUGUGAAGAAGAACAAAGAACGUCAGAAAAAAGAGAAAGAAAGAUUAGAAAAAAGCUCAUUAGAGAAGAUAAAGCAGGAAUGGAAUUUCAUACUGGAGUGCCGGAAGAAAGGCAUUCCCCAGUCAAAAUACCUCAAGAAUGGCUUUGUAGAUAUUGAUGAGAAAAUCUUGGACAUGUGUGAAAAGGCUCCUCAGCUACAGAAGAGGAUUACUCUGUCAGAUGAAACAAAUAAGGAGACAAACAAAUUUAUUUUUCAGCUUUCGGGAGAGCAGUGGAUGGAAUUCCCAGAGUCUCUGAAAGAUCAUACCUAUCUGAAAGAAUGGCAUGUAAGCAAUACAUUGAUUCAAACGAUUCCAAACUACAUUGCUUUGUUUCAAGAUUUGAGAGUUCUGGAGUUAUCAAAAAAUCAGAUCAACCACCUCCCAGUGGAAAUUGGCCACUUAAAAAAUCUCAAAGUGCUCAAUGUGAGUUUUAAUAAUUUGAAGUCUGUCCCUCCGGAAUUGGGUGACUGUGAGAAUCUUGAAAAACUGGAUUUGUCUGGAAAUAUGGAAAUAAGCGAGCUUCCAUUUGAACUAAGUAACCUGAAGCAAGUCACAGUUGUGGAUGUGUCAGCGAACAACUUCCAUUCUAUUCCAGUUUGUGUACUCCGGAUGUCUAAUUUGCAGUGGUUGGACAUUAGCAGCAACAACCUGAGAGAUCUCCCAGAAGACAUAGACAGAUUAGAUCAACUGCAGACACUUCUCCUACAGAAAAACAAGUUAACUUAUCUUCCACGAGCUUUGGUUAACAUGUCAAAACUCAGUUUGCUAGUCGUCAGUGGUGAUGAUCUGGUUGAGAUACCCACAGCUGUCUGUGAGUCUACCACAGGUUUAAAAUUUAUAAGUCUCAAGGACAGCCCAGUUGAAACUAUUGUAUGUGAAGACACAGAAGAAAUUAUAGAAAGUGAACGUGAACGAGAGCAAUUUGAGAAAGAGUUUAUGAAGGCCUAUAUUGAAGACUUAAGGGAAAGAGAUUCUGCUCCUUCAUACACUACAAAAGUAUUAUUCAGUCUUCAGCUCUGAAGAUCAAAAAUCUCUAAAUCACUUGGGGAUACCAGAAUAAUUCUACUUUUAUCCAACUGAAAAUUUAGACUGCCUGAAGCACUUCAAAACCAUCAUGGAUUUAUUUUGUUACCAUUGUUGCUCCUAAAAACCACAGAUAAAGCAAAAUGUUGGUGAGCCAUCAUAAGAUGCUGCUUCACCCUUUUAAACCCACGCAUACAUUUUUAUGUCCACCAUACCAAUCCCUAAAUUGUCCUAAUAAAAGUGUAUGUGAGUGUAGUUGCUCUCAGGAUAAAGACACUGUACAUUGUAGUUGAAAUAGUGAAACAUAAAUCAUGGUAGAAAACAAUCCGAUUUCAUAAAAAAGAAAGAUUAAUAUAGGAGAUGGAUAUGAUCUGUUGUACACUUAAGACCAAAUUACUCAUUUAAUUGUUUGCAAUAUUUAAAACAUAGAGACAUAGUUAUUUGCAUUUACUUUCCAAAUAGAUCCUGUAGACAUUCUGCUGCUUUUUCAAGCAUGUUGUAGACUUCUCCCCUUUACAUACUCAAGUACCAAUGUGGCUGAAACUUCUGUGCAAAAGAGUCUUAUAAUAUAGCAUUGUAGACAAUAAGAUUUUAAGGAUGAAACAGUGUGAACAAGCACCAUCUGCAAAACUGAUUAUAAAGAUUCUACUAUUAGUUUCAAAACACAGGAUUUUGCAGACAUUGAUGGGAAAUUUCUAAGCUGUGUAAGAAUGUGUUUGUUGAUAAAAAAGUUAUGUUACUUGCUAUUUAAUAAUAUAAUAGUUUAUAUAUAACUAUGUAAGUGUAUACACUGUAGGAAUCUAGAUCUACAUAUUUUUUUGUCUGAUAAAACUAUACUUUUUAAUCUGAAAAAACUUGGGACUUUAAGAAUUUAGUCUCAAAUGUGAGAAUUUAAAUCAUCCUAAACUUUUAUAUAUGCAAAUAGGAGAAAUUAUAUUUACAUCUUGAUUUUUUACUGUAUUAUGAAUUAUGUCCAACUUUGUGAAGUUGACUGCCACUUAAGUCAGUCAUAUUUUAAAAUCAGAGCAACAAAGGGCAUUCUUCCCAAGAUUUCCAUUAAAAAAAAAAACAAAAAAACUUCUUUUGAAGUUUUCUCUUUAAAAAUUUUUAGAAUUAGGUCUUUUGAAAGAAAAGAAUGUUUGAAUACUAGGUUUCUUUUUUAUUCCAGCCACAAAGUCCAAACUACCCAAAAAGAAACCCUCCAGAGUUGCUCUCUAAGUGUUAAUGAUGAUUUUAAGAAAGUUUUGGAACAAUGAAAAAUUUUCAAAAAAUUGCAAAAAACCAAUAUCGUAUCACUUUUUUUUCAAAGCGUCAUUGGAAUGGUUCAAGCAGUCAUAAGCCUAUCAACUUGACAAUCAUCUGAAGCAGAAUAAUGGGAGAUCUGAAAUAGGUUUAAUAACAAACAAUUGAAAUGUGAUCAAAUCGUUGGCUUAUGGAAAUCAAGUUAGCAGAAAUUAACCUACAGAUCUUUCUCUUGGUGAAAUUAUAAAUUUGCUUGAUUGGGUGCUCAUACCAAUGCAAUAAACUUCUGUAAAAUGUC